ACGUUUAGAUUAAUUCUAGAUGAAAUUUUAAAUUUUCUAACGGAUGAUAUUGAUGAUUAAUUAUUUUUAUACCUAUGACGACUACAAAGCUGAAACUGCUAAAAGGUUCGUAACUUAUUACUUGCGCCACCCAAAACACUACUGUAACAGAAAUUUGUGGAUUACCUGUUUUGUCCAUUUGCUGUAUCUAGUAUCUACGCACAAUAAGAUCAUAAUAUUGUAAUAUUAAUAAAAUAAUAACAUGGACAAGAACAAUUCUGACGCAGGAUACGAGACGACUGUGCACUGGUUCAGGAAAGGUAUGCGUCUACACGAUAACCCGGCGUUCAGGUUAUCGUAUGAAGCGAAGAACGGUAGCGGUGAGCAUUACAAGCUCAGGCCCAUUUACAUACUGGACCCUUAUUUCCGUAAAUACAUAAGGGCAGGUGCUAACCGUUGGAGGUUCUUGCAGCAGAGCCUGGUGGACUUGGACACGACACUUCGGCAACUGGGCACGCGGCUCUACGUCAUUAGAGGGCUGCCUCAUGAAGUCUUUCCAGACUUGUUUGUCAAAUGGAAUGUAAAAUUGUUGACUUUUGAGUUGGAUACCGAGCCGUAUGCUCGAGAGAGGGACAAUCAAGUAGAACAACUGGCCAGAAAACACAGCGUCAAGGUAGAACAAAAAGUCUCUCACACUAUUUAUAAUACUGAACUUGUACUCAGGGCAAAUGGAGGCAGUGUUCCAAUGACUUAUCAAAAAUUUGUAUCUGUUGUCGGCUCGAUGCCAACUCCUCGUCGACCAAUACCUGCACCAGAUAUGUUGCCUUCUGAGUGUCUACUUGAUGAUGAUUUAAACAACCCAGAGUUUGAUGUGCCAACACUGGAUGAAUUGUUAACAUUAAAAGGUUUUAAUCCUACAGAACUUAAACCAUGUUUGUAUCCUGGUGGAGAAAAAGAAGCUCUUAGGCGUUUGGAAGAAUAUAUGAAAAACAAGACAUGGGUUUGUAAAUUUGAAAAACCUAAUACAUCACCAAAUAGCCUAAAACCUAGCACUACUGUACUAAGUCCUUACAUGAAAUUUGGCUGUUUGUCGGCUAGUCAUUUUUAUUACAGAUUAAAAGAAGUUAUCGGUAAUAGCCCUCAUUCUAAACCUCCUGUAUCUCUGAUUGGUCAAUUGUAUUGGAGAGAAUUUUAUUAUACUGUUGGAGCUUCAACUCCCAAUUUUGACAAAAUGGUUGGCAAUUCAAUUUGCUGUCAAGUACCGUGGGACAACAAUCCUGAUGCUUUAGAAGCUUGGACUAAUGGUAAGACAGGAUAUCCAUUCAUUGAUGCCAUCAUGAGACAAUUGAGAGAUGAAGGUUGGAUACACCAUUUAGCCAGGCAUGCUGUUGCAUGUUUUUUAACCCGAGGAGACUUGUGGAUAUCUUGGGAAAAAGGUUUAGCUGUAUUUGAAGAAUUAUUGCUUGAUGCGGAUUGGUCACUGAAUGCUGGGAAUUGGAUGUGGUUGUCAGCAUCAGCAUUUUUCCAUCAAUUUUUUAGAGUCUACAGUCCAGUUGCAUUUGGUAAAAAGACUGAUAAGAGUGGUGAUUACAUCAGAAAAUAUAUCCCAGAAUUGGCCAAAUAUCCCGAUCAAUAUAUUUAUGAACCAUGGUCUGCACCCAAGUCUAUUCAAGAAAGAGCUGGUUGUGUGGUUGGAGUGCAUUAUCCAAAACGAGUGGUAGUGCAUGAAGAUGUGUACAAAAAUAAUAUAACAAAAAUGUCAUUGGCUUAUAAGAGUUCCAAAGCCAGCAAGAGUUCCAAUACUAAAAAAUCAAGAGAUAUGUCAUCAUCCCCUGAUAAAAAAAAUAUAAAAAAACCUAAAUUAAAAUGAUUGUUUUAUUGUUUGGUUACCCAAUUUGUUUUGGAUAAAUUAUUGGUUAUGUGAUCUUCUGUUUUUUAACCAUUUUUUGAAUUAUAUUUUUGUUAUACUGUAUGUUAAAUGAUUGUUGUCAUAUAUUUAAUUUUUUUUAAAUUUAAUAAUCAACAUAUUUGUAUAUUGGUACUUGGUAAGUAUUUACAAACCUAAUUAAUAUAAAAUAUUAACUUUUUUUGCAAUGUAUU